AUGAAAUAUCUAUUCUAUUUUAUUUUUUUACAUUUGAUUAUUGCUAUACCUCAAAUCAAUCUUCAUAAUACAGGUUGGGUAAAUGAAAAUGAAAAUAAUGAUGUAUUACAGCACGAUUGUUUGCGUAUUGAUGUUUUAAAUCAAGAAGAAAAUGUCAGUCAUGAAAUAAUAUUUUAUUGUAUGAGUGAAUUACCAUCGAAAUUUCACAUAGAAAAAAAUGAUGUUUUUCCAAAAUUUACUUUUGAUCAACUUUCAAAACAAAAUAUAACAAGUCAACAAUUAUAUCUUUGGUCAACACCAAUAGAUAUUAUUGAAGAUUAUCAAUUCUAUUUAAAUCAAUUAUCAAUAUCAGAUGAUUUAGUGUUAUCAAAAAAAAUCUUUUAUAAUUGUACAUUACCAAGAUUUGGUUCCAUGUGUCAAUAUGNAACAUAA